AUGUAAGUGUUGAUAAAAUAAGAGCUAUUUUAGUAGAAAUAAUAACUAAGAAAAACACUCUCAAAUGGUUCAACUUUGUAAACUUCUGAAUUACCUGAAUAUUUAGGAAUCUAAACAAUAAUAGAAGAAAAUGAUGAUUAGGCAAAAUCCUAUUGUAAAUAGAUAUCUCCAUCUUAUGUUCAUUAUCAUAAUCAUACAAAAUAGGUAAUGAAUUUAAUGAAAAAUGCUCAUUAAUAAUUAUCUCCAGUGAUUGGAAGAAAAAAAUUAGAAGCUAAUUUGAUUGGAACAAUUGAUUUCAAUCACUUUACAAGGUUGAUGAAAGCAGUUUACUAUCCAAUUAAAUAAAAUAAAAAUUAAGACCUUAUUAAAAAAAGGGCUUUUUCAGAAAAAAUUUUCCAAAAAUAAACUUAAUGA